AUGUAUUAUUUCCUCAGCCAUCUCUCCUGCUUAGAUAUUUGCAUCUCCUCGGUCACCGUCCCCCAAAUCCUGGUGAACUUCUUGCACCAGCAACAGACCAUCUCCUACAACGAGUGCAUGGCCCAGAUGUUCUUCCUCAUCUCUUUCAUGGGAGCAGAGGGUGGCCUGCUGGCCAUCUGUAAACCUCUGCAUUACUCCCGCCUCAUAAACACCAAGGUGUGCACCAUACUGGCCGUUGCCACUUGGAUCUGGGGUUUUCUAGACUCCGCUCUUUUAACAGCUCUAAACACCAGGUUGGAGUUCUGUGGAGUCAACCAGAUUCAUCACAUCUUCUGUGAUCUUCCUCCACUGAUGAAAAUUGCUUGCAAUGAUGCACACAUCAAUGAAGUGGCAGAUCACAUAUCAGGACUUUUUAUGGGUGUGGGGCCCCUCCUGGUCAUUAUUUUCUCAUACGUUUUCAUCCUGUCCUCCAUCUUGAAGAUUCGUUCCACUACUGGCAAGCACAAAGCCUUUUCCACUUGUGCGUCUCACCUCACGGUUGUCUUCAUUUACUAUGGGAACGCACUACUGAACUAUCAGAGGCCACGUGCUGGUUACUCCUUGGCGACUGGCACUUUGGUCUCCAUUAUGUUCUGUGUAAUCACCCCAAUGCUGAACCCCAUCGUUUACAGCCUCCGCAACAAGGAGGUGAAAGAGGCCCUGAAGAAGGCAGUGGAAAGCUGGGGGCCACCUGGACACUGUCACUCUAGAAGUUAG